AUGUCCUCGGCGCUAUGGGACCCCGCAAACCUGCUCCAGAUCAGCUACGAGACUCAUAUCCCUGAUGCACCGAUCUUCUGUGUCGGUGAAUCCAGGAGUAAACUGGGCAACCCCCGCUGUAGAUACACGAUCCCUGAGCCGGACUACUCCAGGAUCCGCACCACUCUUCUCCAUCUGGCCUCCAAGGAUCCAGAGGAUGUAGAGCGCGAGGCCUUGCACACGCUAGCUUUCCUCUGCCUUUGCGAUGGCUACCACAAACCCCAAGCCAAAGACGUAACUGAUCGCUGGGUCAGGGUCGUCGGGCAGGCAGCCGCGCAAGAACAGCGCAAGGGCCAUUCCCGGGGCUCUUCGAGCGCUUCCGUGUCUGACUGGUGGGAUCCUUCGGCUGAGCUUCUUCCAAGGGCCAGCAAUCCCCAGCAGGGGCGCGGCCAGGUGGCGAAUUUGAGCAAGAAGUUGGAAGAGGAGUUGGCCGCGGUCACGGUGGAGCUGAAAGAGUCCAAGGCGAAGGCAGAUCAGGAGAUUAAAUCGCUACGAGCGGAAUUGGGUUCAUUACAGAACUUGCUGGCGGAAGCCAAGGAGAGAGAGUUAGAGUCAAGUACCGGUGCAUCCUCCAUGAAAGGCGAAAGAGACAAGCUCGUGGAAGAAAUGCAGAAGCUACGCAAUGAGCUACUGGAAGCGAACGAGGAGCGUCAGCGGCUGGAGACCACCAGUUCCCAGUUGAAAGAGGAGAACACUGCAUUUAGCGAGAAGCUUAAUCAACUGCGCGGGGAUUUAGUCGUCGCGACCGGAAGGACUCAGCAUCUGGAGACCGAGUGCUCUCGCAUCAAUGAGGAGAUGAGCGCUAUGAGAACAGAAGCGACGGAACUUGGCGAGAAGAACUCGGUGAUACUCAAUGCCAUUAGGACGAUGGAGGCUGAGAGGGAUGCCGCAAGGAAUGACCAUAGAAAGGUCGCGAAUGAGCUUGCAGAACAAAUGCGCUCUUACAUGGCCCUGCAGCACGAAGUUCAGAGCUUACAGGUGAUCAAAGCCGGUCAUCAGCAGAGCAAUGCGGUCAGCUGGUAUCGCCGCUUACUAACUUGGAUUUCCAAGUUUCGCAUACACGCAGUUCUCCUACUCUCCCUUUCAAUUGUCGAGCUGGGUCGUCGGGAGAUGACUAGAUGA